GGAAAACUGAGCUUAGUGUCCACCAAUGGAGGGAUCAUUACUGACACAAUCAGCACUAUCAUCGUCAGCAUUGACUAAUGGAGCAUGAGCUUCUUCCUUCUUCUUUAAUGAUCCUUGUCUUCCCUCUCUGAAAUCGAUCCGUUCUUCUCGUCAAGAGCACUCUCAGGCUUAUACAACGAGUACUUACUAGUACAACCACCUUGCAUACACAAGGAAGAGAAACAAACCUUUAGCUAGGAUGACUGUAAGUGGAGAUAACUCCGAGACUAUAGAGUUGGCUGCAACCGAAAUGAUUUUUGAGCCGAUUUUGGAGGAAGGAGUUUUCCGGUUUGACUGUUCCGUGGAGCAUAAGAAAGCCGCAUUUCCAAGUGUUUCAUUUAAGAACAGCAAAGAUAGGGAACUGCCAAUUAUAAGUCAAAAUAUUCCAGCAUAUACUCCUACUUGUGCUUGUCUUCAGGAGCAACAAGUCGCCACUUUUGAGUUUUCUUCUGGAACGUCCUUUUAUGGGACUGGAGAAGUUGGUGGCCAGUUAGAGAGAACAGGAAAACGGGUUUUUACAUGGAACACUGAUGCAUGGGGAUAUGGCCCUGGAACCACUCCACUGUACCAGUCGCAUCCAUGGGUACUAGUGGUCCUUCCAACUGGAGAAUCACUUGGUGUUCUUGCUGAUACAACACGAAAGUGUGAGAUUGAUCUAAGGGAAGAUGGAAUCAUAAGAAUAAUCGCUCCACCAUCAUAUCCAAUAAUCACAUUUGGUCCAUUCUCUUCACCCACUGCCGUCUUGGAGUCCUUGUCGCAUGUCGUAGGAACUGUUUUUAUGCCUCCAAAGUGGGCCUUAGGGUACCAUCAAUGCCGUUUUAGUUAUAUGUCAGAGAAGCGAGUAGCUGAGAUAGCUCAAACAUUUCGUGACAAGAAGAUUCCUGCUGAUGUGAUAUGGAUGGAUAUUGACUACAUGGACGGUUUUCGUUGUUUCACAUUCGACAAGGAGCGUUUCCCGGAUCCUAGUGAUUUAGCAAAACAUCUCCAUAAUAAUGGUUUCAAAGCGGUAUGGAUGCUUGACCCUGGAAUAAAGAAGGAGGAAGGUUACUCUGUCUACGAUAGCGGAUGUAAAAAUGACGUUUGGGUUAAACAAGCAGAUGGGAAGCCAUUUAUUGGUGAAGUAUGGCCUGGACCAUGCGUUUUCCCUGACUAUACAAAUUCUAAAACUCGUUCUUGGUGGGCUAAUUUGGUUAAAGACUUUAUAUCAAAUGGUGUUGAUGGUAUUUGGAAUGAUAUGAAUGAGCCAGCAGUUUUCAGCACUGUGACAAAGACAAUGCCUGAGAACAAUAUUCACAGUGGAGAUGAUGAGCUUGGAGGUGUUCAAAAUCACUCACACUACCACAAUGUCUACGGGACUCUGAUGGCAAGGUCAACUUAUGAAGGGAUGGAGCUAGCUGAUAAGAAUAAGCGACCUUUUGUAUUGACAAGGGCUGGAUUCAUAGGUAGCCAGAGAUAUGCUGCGACUUGGACAGGAGAUAACCUUUCAACUUGGGAGCAUCUACAUAUGUCUAUAUCCAUGAUACUUCAGCUGGGGCUUAGUGGUCAGCCUUUAUCAGGGCCAGAUAUCGGUGGAUUUGGUGGCAAUGCUACUCCACGGCUAUUUGGACGUUGGAUGGGUGUUGGAGCUAUGUUUCCUUUUUGUCGUGGGCAUUCUGAGGUUGCCACUGAUGACCAUGAACCAUGGUCCUUUGGAGAAGAGUGUGAGGAGGUCUGUCGAACUGCAUUGAAGAGGCGUUACCAACUCUUGCCACAUUUUUACACUUUAUUUUACAUUUCCCAUACAACUGGUGCUCCGGUUGCAUCUCCAAUCUUUUUUGCUGAUCCAAAGGAUUCUCAGCUAAGGACUAUUGAAAACGCCUUUCUUCUAGGUCCACUUCUCAUAUAUGCAAGCACUUUAUCCAAUCAGGGAUCACAUGAGAUGCAGCAUAUAUUGCCCAAAGGAAUAUGGUUGAGGUUUGAUUUUCAAGAUUCACAUCCGGAUUUACCAACAUUAUAUUUACAAGGUGGAUCCAUCAUAGCAUUGGCUCCUCCACAUCUACACGUUGGGGAAUUUAGUCUCUCAGAUGACUUGACCCUACUUGUAUCAUUAGAUGAAAAUGGAAAAGCUGUAGGGCUCUUGUUCGAGGAUGAUGGAGAUGGAUAUGGCUACACUAAAGGCAGAUAUCUAAUUACACAUUACAUUGCUGAGAGCCAUUGUUCCACUGUUACUGUCGAUGUUGCAAAAACUGAAGGAGAUUGGCAGAGGCCAAAACGUCGUGUUCAUGUACAAUUAUUACUAGGAGGCGGUGCAAUGCUUGAUGCUUGGGGAAUGGAUGGAGAUAUUAUCCAAAUUAAAGUGCCUUCAGAAAGUGAAGUUUCAGAGUUAAUAUCCACUAGCAACGAGCGCUUUAAACUUCAUAUGGAAAAUACAAAAAUGAUACCUGAGAAGGAAGUUGUAAAUGGACAAAAGGGAGCAGAACUUUCAAGAGUGCCAGUUGAGCUAAAUAGUGGUGAUUGGAAACUUAAUAUAAUUCCUUGGAUUGGUGGAAGAAUAUUAUCUAUGGCACAUGUUCCAUCAGGAGUUCAAUGGCUUCAUAGCAGAAUAGAUAUCAAUGGUUAUGAAGAGUACAGUGGUACUGAGUACCGUUCUGCUGGAUGUACUGAGGAAUAUAAUAUCAUUGAGGAGGAUUUGGAACAUGCAGGAGAGAAAGAAUCUCUUAUCCUAGAAGGUGAUGUAGGAGGAGGACUGGUUCUUCGGCGUAAAAUCGCCAUACCCAAAGAAAAUCCCCGAGUUCUUCGGAUUGACUGUAGCAUUGAAGCCCGUAGUGUUGGUGCUGGUUCUGGUGGAUUUUCAAGGCUUGCAUGCUUAAGAGUCCAUCCAACUUUCACUCUUUUUCAUCCAACCGAAUCUUUUGUCUCCUUCACGUCGAUUGAUGGUUCAAAGCAUGAAGUUUGGCCAGUUUCUGGAGAGAAUUUAUAUGAAGGGAACAACCUCCCACAUGGUGAAUGGAUGCUGGUGGAUAAGAGCCUCAAUCUACGGCUAGUAAACAGGUUUGAUGUUAGUCAAGUCGUCAAAUGUAUUGUCCACUGGGACUGUGGAACUGUGAACUUGGAGCUAUGGUCUGAAGACCGACCUGUUUCAAAGGAAUCUCCUCUGAAAAUAGAGCAUGAAUAUGAAGUCACAAGCGUCCCGUAAUUUUGUUUGCAGGGAUGUAUUUACAAUAUCAACUCAUUCCUCCUUUUCGUAUAAGUGAAUGACCAUUGAGCAGUGCUGGUUUAUAUGAUAUAAGUACUGCUUGUAAGUUAUGAGGAAGUAGUCUUAGUAGUGGGUGACAUACUCAACUCAAUCUUUACGUUGCUGCCACCU